ACAAUUAUCAAGUCACUAUGUGUUGGUGUGAGUGGAUGGAUUGUGUGAAGUCAGGUCGUGCGCUAUAUCGCAUCCUUUGCUGCAUUUCAGUUGCUCUACAAAUAAUAUUCGCAGUUCUCAUAGUAUACAUUGUGAUUGUAAAAGAUGAUACCGGAGUCUCACUUGGAAUUUCCACAACAUUCGCCACUUUGCUAUUGUUCCUUAGUUUCUGUCUCAUAUACGUACUCUGCAAGGAAAAUUUAUUCUAUUUAAAAAUGUAUAUUGCAUCCUUCGUAUUUGUGUCCCUGUGUGCUAUAUUUUACCUCCUGUUGCUCAUGGUACACUUGGUUAAGUCUAUAUAUACGGUGAACUGGGAGUUUGACGUGAUACUCGCUUUGUUUCUGGGUAUGUCUAUGACUUGGGCAGAACUUUCAUAUUUAAAAAAAUCAUUUUUGAACAGCCUUCUUUAUAUAUAAAUUGAUUGUAUUGAUCCUUUAUGCCAGGAGCUUACGA